GAGAGGGGAGCGAGAGCCUCUGGACAUCCAACCGCCCAGCAUGUGAGCCGACGCUCGGUGUGAAGUUUAGCCGAAAAGCCGUGGAAAUACCGUCCGGUUCUGUGUCUGGUUUGGGGAUUAACUAAAACCCGAACCCACUGAGGUUUUUUGAUUUAGAUUUUUCUUUUUUUUUCGACAACGUAAGCUGGGGUGCAGUUUUUUCCACCGAGUGUGAGUGAGGAGUGGACUGCUGGAGUCACUUACAAAGAACAUUAAGAAGUCAUGACACGACGAACGUUUUCCUUGGAUUUAUCUUCAUAAACUACAAGAAAAAAGUCGGUAUAAGACGCUCAAACUCAAACAAAGUGGACUAAAAGUGAGGAGUUUGGACGAUUAUUGUGGAAUUUUCGUCGUUUUCGGACGUUUUUAAGUCUCCAUACUUGGAUCAAAGUUUUCCUCUCCCUCCCCCCGCCUCCUCCUCCUCUCCAGCUAUGGCGGCGGCCAGGUUCACCGCUGGCUCCGCGGUAUUGCGGAUCAUGUGGCUGCUGUGCGGGAUUUCGCUCUCCCCCACCUCUUCUGCUCAGCAUUACAACAGCGAUAGCGGAAUAUCAGUCCCGGAGCACGGCUUCUGCCAGCCCAUCUCCAUCCCCUUCUGCACAGACAUCGCCUACAACCAGACCAUCAUGCCGAACCUUCUGGGCCACACCAACCAGGAGGACGCCGGGCUGGAGGUGCACCAGUUCUACCCGCUGGUAAAGGUCCAAUGCUCUGCGGAUUUGAAGUUCUUCCUUUGCUCCAUGUACGCGCCUGUGUGCACCGUGCUGGAGCAGGCCAUCCCGCCCUGCCGGUCGCUGUGUGAGCGGGCACGGCAGGGAUGCGAAGCCCUGAUGAAUAAAUUCGGCUUCCAGUGGCCGGAGCGCCUCCGCUGCGAGGCUUUUCCGGUCCACGGAGCCGGAGAGAUCUGCGUCGGCCAGAACACAUCGGAACCGGGCGGCCCAGCGGCCUCAUCAGCCCCCCCACAAUCACUGACCCUUCCCCCUUUGAGCGGCGGGCCGAACCCUCCUCGCCCUCCUAUGCCCAUUCCGCCCAACCAGUUCUCCUGCCCCCUGCAGCUGCAGGUGCCUACCUACCUGGGCUACAAAUUCAUGGGGGUGAGAGACUGCGGCGCCCCCUGUGAGCCCACCAAACCCAGCGGGAUCAUGUAUUUCCGUGAGGAUGAGGUAAAAUUCGGCAGGCUUUGGGUCGGGAUCUGGUCCAUACUGUGCUGCGUGAGCACCCUGUUCACGGUGCUCACCUAUUUAGUGGACAUGAGCAGGUUCAGGUACCCGGAGCGACCCAUCAUUUUCCUGUCCGGCUGCUACUUCAUGGUGGCUGUAGCCUACGCUGCUGGCUUCUUCCUGGAGGACCGGGUGGUCUGCGUGGAUAAAUUCAACCCGGACACCUACAGGACGGUGGCUCAGGGGACCAAAAAGGAGGGCUGCACCAUCCUCUUCAUGGUGCUGUACUUCUUCGGCAUGGCCAGCUCCAUCUGGUGGGUCAUCCUCUCCCUCACCUGGUUCCUCUCAGCCGGGAUGAAAUGGGGUCACGAGGCGAUAGAGGCCAAUUCCCAGUACUUCCACCUGGCUGCGUGGGCCGUCCCCGCCAUUAAGACCAUCACGAUCCUCGCCAUGGGUCAGGUGGACGGAGACGUGCUGACCGGGGUGUGCUUCGUGGGGAUCUUCAACGUGGACGCGCUGCGCGGCUUCGUGCUCGCGCCGCUAUUCGUCUACCUGUUCAUCGGCACGUCCUUCCUGCUGGCCGGCUUCGUGUCACUCUUCCGGAUCCGCACCAUCAUGAAGCACGACGGUACCAAAACGGAGAAGCUGGAGAAGCUGAUGGUUCGGAUCGGGGUGUUCAGCGUGCUCUACACGGUGCCGGCCACCAUCGUGAUCGCCUGUUAUUUCUACGAGCAGGCCUUCAGGGAGCAGUGGGAGCGCACCUGGCACAUGCACACCUGUAAGCGCUUCGCCAUCCCCUGCCCGGUGCACAACUUCGCCCCCAUGAGCCCGGACUUCACCGUGUUCAUGAUCAAAUAUCUGAUGACCAUGAUCGUCGGUAUCACCUCCGGGUUUUGGGUCUGGUCCGGGAAGACUCUGCAGUCAUGGAGGAGUUUCUACCAGCGCGUCAGCAACGGGAACCACGGAGAAACAACGGUGUGAAAGCCAGAGAUAUCAAAUGAGGUCAAAAAGCUUUCAUUUCAAAAUCCCUACAAAAAAAACUAAAUUUUAGUAGUUUUUUUCCCCACUGUUGUGGCAGCAGCACAACAUUUAUAAGGAAGUUGGAUAAACUUCCAAUAUAUUCAUUUUUUCCUAUAUUUUGUCAUCAAAGCAACCUGAAGCCAUGGCUUUAGUACACUUGGACCAUAAACUGAUCAUAAAUGGCCAUGCAAAGACUUAAUCCUAUAUAUACACACAUAUAUUCUUAUGUUACAGUUCGAAUGUACGCCCUGUUCAACUUUAAGUUUGUCAGCGGACUAUAAAAGAAACAAUUUUUCAAUAAGGAUGUUUGGAUUAUACAUCAAUAACUUGAGUUUGCAGAGUGCAUCCUCAUCUGUUUUCCAAGGGGAGCAAUAAUCAUCUUUAUCAUCUGUUGAUAUGUGCCAAGGGGCUGCCUAGAUUUCCCUUUUUAUAUAUAAAAAAAAAUCUCUCCGACUGAUGAAUAUUCACUUCUUGUUCUGAAUGUUCACUCUGAAGUUGAAUGAAGUUAUGUACUGGUUUGCACACUGAUUUUAAAUGUAACUGUUACACCACAGAUUGACCCAGAUCUGGCUUUUUUUUUUAUUUUUUAUUUUUUUAAAGAAGGCCACACACACACACACACAUGCAUGCAGAACCUGGAGACACAACGGCUCAUUGUUAGUCUCUGUGUGUGGUCUCUGCUUUUGGAUUAUCCAUCAAAAAAAACUUCUUUUUUUUCUUCUUUAAAUCCCUUAAGACACCCAAAGCACCAUUUCGGUGAUCCAGAUUUAAUCCGUGGGAGAGCAAAUGGUUGUUCUGGAGCUGUAAUGUUAUUUUAUCCCAGAUAAAAUGACUGUAGGCGAAGUUAGCUUCGGUGUAACUCAUCGUUUUUCUUCUCAUUUCACAUGAAGUGUUACGUUCUUGCAAGCCGACUGAACAUUUUUAGAUGUUUUAUUUACUUGUUUUGAGUAUUUGGUUUGUUUUGUUUUUUAUUUUUUCCCCCAUCGGCCUUAAAAUCGGAGUUACAUGUAUGUUCUCUGUUACAGGACUCCGAUAAAUAGUCAGGAGGUCAAACAUAGCAGUGUUGGUCUGUUUAGCAGAGAUUUUUUUUUUUUCUACAAAGAUGGAAGAUAUGUUAGAAAAAAGCAGGUCACAAUGCAAAGGUUGUGAUUCUAAUAGAGAAAAUGGCCUCAGCUGGUUUAAAUUAAAGGUAACCUUUAGUGUUUUUGAUACAAGAUUUUAUAGAAAUAACACAAAUAGGUUUUGAAGCAGAGAUUAUUUUUUAAGUGAGACGCCUCCUGUUGAAUGUCUUCAUCUAAUCUUGAUCCCAUCAUUAGGGGAACUGCUUACUGGAGCCGACUCCACGCCUGCAGCGUUUUUUAAAGAAAGUGACUUCCUCGUUCAGACUAAACAAUGAAAUUAGCGUAUUUUUGUCGAGAGUCAGCUGCAGGCUGGCGUAUGACUGCUAGAACCGUCUGUUUCUUGUCUCGUAGCACAUUUUCUCCACAUGCUUCAGUUUUAAACAAUGAAUGGGAGCAGUCUGCAGCGAUGAGGGACACGUCACAGCAGCCUGACCCUCUACAGACCUGGCUUUAUGAUUUCAAUUCCCUAAAGGUGCCAUUUUUUAAAUAUAUUAACACUAAAACUGUGCAUACUUUAUACAUUCAUGCUGUAUUUGUAUAUACAAUGCUGUUUGUUUAAUGUUUUUUUCCUCCUCACAUGGAUGUACUACAUACCUCAAGCCCUGGUUAAUUUCUGCUCAUUUAGUCAUUACAUUUUUACCAAACAAGUGAUUCUGUUACUUUUCCCAGACUGACAUGUUUUGUUUUUGUGUUCUGUCCUCAGAAGGAAUACCAGUUUUUUAUGUCUUCAAGUUUUAACAGGAACAUAUGCAAACCAGCCAGCACACAGAGACUCUGAUUUUUAAAAUGCAUAUUGUAUUUAAGGGGGGAAAAAUACUCAUUUUUUGUCUUUUUUUUUUUUCUACUUGUAUUUUUCUAAAAAAACAAAAUGAGAUAAGCCCAUUUUACAUGUACAGUUUGAAUAAACGUGAUAAAGUUUG